CAUUCACCUGUCGGUCAUUGGUUUCUGGGGGAGGGAGGUGAGGGAAUUUGUUGGAUUUGACCUCAGUUACUGCAAGAAAUCUUUAGCAGCAGACCUCCACGUUUUCCGAGGGACAAUCAAAAGAUGAAGGUGGAUAUUCAUAAUCAUAUUUUACCAAAGGAGUGGCCCGACUUGAAGCAGAGGUAUGGAUACGAUGGGUUUGUGCAGCUUCACCAUCUCUGUAAGGGUGAAGCAAACAUGAUGAAGGAUGGGAAGCUGUUCCGAGUGAUUCAAGAGAACUGCUGGGAUGCAAAGGCACGCAUAAGGGACAUGGAUCAACAUGGUGUCACACUUCAAGCCCUUUCCACUGUCCCUGUGAUGUUCAGUUACUGGGCCAAACCUCAUGAUACACUGGAUCUAUGUGGCCUUCUAAAUGACGAUUUGGCUCAGACCGUGCGCAGCCACCCCAAGAGGUUUGUGGGCCUGGGCACGCUGCCCAUGCAAGCCCCUGAUUUGGCUGUGCUGGAGAUGAGGCGCUGUGUGAAGGAGCUGGGCUUCCCUGGGGUGCAGAUCGGCUCACAUAUCAACGACUGGGACCUCAACGCCACCGAACUCUAUCCUUUCUAUGCUGCAGCUGAGGAGCUGGGCUGCUCCAUAUUUGUCCACCCAUGGGACAUGCAGACAGAUGGGAGGAUGGCUAAGUAUUGGUUGCCCUGGCUGGUGGGCAUGCCGUCAGAGACAACCAUUGCUAUUUGCUCGAUGAUAUUCGGAGGCAUCUUCGAGAGAUUUCCUAAAUUGAAAGUGUGCUUUGCACAUGGAGGUGGAUCUUUUCCCAUCACCGUUGGCAGAAUUGAGCAUGGCCACCAUGUCCGCCCUGACCUGUGUGCAGUGGACAACAACAUCAGUCCACGGAAAUACCUUGGUUCUUUCUACACAGACUCUCUAGUUCACGAUCCCCUCUCCCUGAAGCUACUCAUUGAUGUGAUCGGAAAAGAUAAAGUGAUGCUGGGAACAGACUAUCCAUUCCCACUGGGUGAACUGCAGCCUGGAUCACUAAUUGAGUCAAUGGACGAAUUUGAUGACACACUAAAGGAUAAAUUGCUUGCUGGAAACGCAGUGGAAUUUUUGGGCCUGAAACGAGAGGAAUUUGAGUGAGAUGCAAACCUGAGAUAGAAAUACGAUACCCAUUGAUUCAGGGCAAAGGCUUUCUUCAUAUAUUCUUAUUUGGAUGAUUAUGAAAACCAUUUUGGAUUAACUUGUAUAAUAAAUAUAACCAACUUUUUUGUUGUUUGUUAUAAUAAAAUAAUUUACUCUCAGUAUUUUGUGAAUUGCUUUAUUUGGUUGACGGU